AGACAGAACAGAAUGAGGAGCAAUCAUGUGCGUUUGAACUGUGGCAUUACAUUGCCUCUCAUUGGAUUUGGCACUUAUUCCUUCCCAAAUGAUAGGAAGACAACAGAACUUGCCAUCCACAAUGCCCUUGAGAUGGGUUAUAGGCAUUUUGAUACAGCAAAAAUAUAUGGUUCUGAGCCAGCAGUGGGAAAAGCCAUAAAUGAAGCAAUAUGCUUUGGAGAAGUAGACAGAGAAGAUAUUUUCUUGACAUCCAAACUGUGGGGGAGUGAUCACAACGAUCCUGUUUCUGCAUUGAAACAUACUCUAGAGAAUCUUGGCAUGGAAUAUCUGGACAUGUACCUAGUGCACUGGCCAGUGAAGUUGAAACCAUGGGUUAACUACCCUGUGCCUAAGGAAGAUGACUUUGAAAAGUUGGAUCUUGAGACCACAUGGGAAGGGAUGGAAAAAUGCCUAGAAAUGGGGUUGUGUAAGUGCAUUGGGGUUAGCAAUUUCUCUAGCAAGAAGAUUGAGUGGCUAUUAGAUUUUGCUUCUACACCUCCAGCUGUUAAUCAGGUGGAAAUGCAUCCAAUGUGGAGGCAAGGAAAGCUCAGAGAGACCUGUGGGGACCACAAGAUCCAUGUAAGUGCCUAUUCACCUCUUGGUGGGCCAGGGAAUGCAUGGGGAUCCACAGCAGUUGUUAAUCAUCCAAUCAUUCAAUCAAUUGCCCUCAAACACAAAGCAACUCCUGCACAGGUUGCAUUGCAAUGGGGACUAUCAAAAGGCUCAAGUGUGAUUGUGAAGAGCUUCAGUCAAGAAAGAAUGAAAGAAAAUAUAGGAUCAUUUGAUUUGAAAUUGGAUGAUGAAGAUAUCUUGGAGAUUGAGAGAUUGGAGGAAAUGAAGAUUAUGAGAGGGGAAUUUCACGUGAACGAAACCACAAGUCCCUAUAAAACAAUUGAAGAACUUUGGGAUGAUGAAAUUUGA